UAGCACUAUAGAAUCUCAAAUUCAAUAUGGCGAGGAGCAUAAGCAGAUGGAAGUAAAUUUGCCCAGAUGAAAAUGCAAAACCAUUAUAAAAGCAGUGUCAUUCUUGAUAUUACAGAUCAUUUAAACUACAAUAACGUGAUUGUAAACCUAAAAUGAAACCAUAAGAAUAGCAGCAAAUCAAUCUAAAAGCAGAGAACUCAAUAACUUGGUUUAUUUUCUUGCAUAGUUGCAUAUGCUAUUCCCUUAUCUGAUGGGAAUAUUAUAAAGUACGAAAGGGUGUCUAAACAGAGUGUGAUAAUGACCUCUGUAUUCUCCAGUGAACUCUGCAGCUUAAAUGCCAAGAAUUUUAUAACUCGAGUUACGGAUGCAUUUCCUUGCCCCACCACUUCAUUCUUUUUAUCUGUUUGUGGUUCAAGGUUAAUAGCAGCGACAAGAAAUUCUUUCCUUCAAUUGUGUAGUAAGAUUCGUAGAAUUACUACAACUACUUUCUUCUGACCAUUAUUGUCUGUUCUGAAACAACAAAUGAAGAGGACGGGUGGUGAAAAUUGUAGCUUUCUUACAAUUUGCGCGUCCUAGAUGCUCAGUUUGCUCUACCAACACUCUUGAGAUGUACAGCCAUUUGAAGAUAUUCUACUCUUUCUCCAUUCCAAAUAAAGCAGAAUCAAUAUACAUGGAAGCCAAAACAACAUCAACUCAAGGAUCUCAUCUCUUUUUCUUCAACAAAUGGAGCAGCCUUUCAGGGUCUGCAUCUUUUGCAUAAGAACUUUCAUACACAGGGUGCUUGAACCCCCUGAUGAUGUCAAAAAACUUUUCCAGGACUACUCACAGAAUGGCAUCAUGUCAAUGGAUGAUCUACUUAACUUUCUAUCAAAGGUUCAAGGACAGAACAAUGCGAAGGAAGAUGACGCUGAGGCGAUCUUUAAUACUCUCAAGCAUCUCAACAUCUUCCCAAGAAAGGGUCUUAAUCUAGAAGCCUUCUAUCGAUAUCUUCUUGGCGAUCUGAACACUCCUCUUUCUCCAUGUGUGCACCAGGACAUGACUGCUCCACUAGCUCAUUAUUUCAUGUACACAGGCCACAACUCUUACCUGUCUGGGAAUCAAUUAAGCAGUGAGAGCAGUGUUAGACCUAUCAAAAAAGCUUUGCAAAAUGGUGUAAGAGUAAUUGAAUUAGAUCUAUGGCCAGCCAGGAACAACGAUGUGGUAGUUCGCCAUGGACGGACCCUGACGACAUCAGUGAAACUCCUCAGAUGUUUGCGUGCAAUUAAGGAAUUUGCUUUUGAGGUAUCCGAAUAUCCUGUUGUGAUAACGUUUGAAGACCACCUGACUGCCGACCUUCAAGAUAAGGUUGCUGAGAUGGUCACUAAAACAUUCGGAGACAUGCUGUACCGUCCUGAGACAGAUGAAUUAGAGAAACUAUCACCAGAGUCAUUGAAGAAGAAGAUUUUGAUUUCAACUAAGCCGCCAAGAGAGUAUCUUGAAACUCAAGACAGCAACUCUCCGCACAAGUCAGAAAAAUCAUCAGAGGAACAAGGGGGUGAUGAGAAGUUGCGUUCUUCAACAAUUAACCUUUUUAGUUGCUCAUCCAUGUGUUUCACUAAGCAGGAUCAGAUUGAUGAGGGAGAACAGGUUCAAGGAGAAGAUGAGGAGAUGACAAUACCUAAAUACAGGGAUUUAAUUGCCAUUCCUUCAGGGAAGCCAAAAGGUGGAUUAGAAGAAUGGCUCAGAAUAGAUGAGAAAGACGUAAGACGUCUGAGCUUGAGUGAGCAAGAACUUGAAAAGGCUACAAGAACACAUGGAAAAGACAUUGUCAGGAUCACCAAGAACAAUUUGUUGCGGGUAUACCCCAAAGGUACACGCUUGGAUUCAUCUAAUUACGAUCCUUUCGUCGGAUGGAAGCAUGGACAUGGAGCUCAAAUGGUUGCGUUUAAUAUGCAGGGCUAUGGGAGGCCCCUUUGGAUUAUGCAAGGGAUGUUUAGAGCCAAUGGUGGCUGUGGUUAUGUGAAAAAACCUGAUUUUUUAUUGAGGGAAAAGGAUGAUUUUGAUCCUAGUGUGUCCUCGCCAGUUUAUAAAAUAUUGAAGGUGAAAAUCUACUCGGGGGAAGGGUGGCAUUUGGAUUUUCGCCACACACAUUUUGAUCCAUAUUCUCCACCUGACUUCUUGGUAAAAGUUGGAAUUGUUGGGGUCGAUGCUUGUGAAACCAGUAGAACACAGGUAGUUAAAAACAGCUGGCUACCGGAAUGGAACAAGGAAUUUAAAUUCGAAGUGGCUGCUCCUGAAUUGUCAGUGCUUGGGAUCGAAGUCAGUGACGAUGAUAAAUAUGGAAGUCCUGACUUCGCAGGCCAAACAUAUUUGCCUAUAUCGGAGUUGAGAACUGGUAUUCGAGCAGUUCCGUUGCAUGAUCGUAGAGGAGUGAGAUACAAGAGUGCAAGGCUUCUUAUGAGAUUUGACCUAAAAGACUCCCCAGAAUGUUCCGAGUGACAAAAAUCACGAGAUUGAUCGUCUCCGUUAGCGGAUUGAACCAGGGAGUCUAUGUAGAGGAACUAGUGUCUGUAUAUAUACAUAAUCAGGAUCCAAUUUAUUUAUUUUCAUAUUUUAAAUAUUAUUGGCUCGUGUUGAUCUGUUUUUACGUA